AUGUCGGCUCCAGAGUACUCAGCAGACGAUUUCACAAACCCCCCGAAUUAUUCGUUUCCGUCGAACCGUCUGACCCACACCCUUCGAGACUCCCGGAAGACACCUGUAGUCUUGGUGGCCUGCGGUUCCUUCAGCCCUGUUACGUACCUGCACAUGCGAAUGUUCGAGAUGGCCAGAGAUUACAUCCGACACAACACUGAUCUCGAGAUCGUCGGGGGCUACCUGAGUCCAGUCAGCGACCAGUACAAGAAGCCUGGCUUGUUAACUGCCCAGCACCGUGUUAAUAUGUGCACUCUUGCUGCUCAAGAGUCGUCGUCAUGGAUCAUGGUCGACAGCUGGGAAGCGUUUCAAACGUAUCAACGAACUGCUGUCGUCCUCGACCAUUUCGACUAUGAAAUCAACACCGUCUUGGGAGGCGUCAAAACCAUUGAAGGGGAACAUCGCGACGUUCGGGUCAUGCUGCUGGCAGGUUCCGAUCUCAUUAGCACAAUGAGCGAGCCAGGCGUAUGGAGCUACAGCGAUCUCGAUCAUAUUCUCGGAAGAUAUGGCACAUUUAUCAUAGAACGUGCAGGAGCGGCAAUGGACCAGGCGACAGACAGCCUCGCUCGUUGGAGACACAACAUCUAUUUGGUUCCACAGCUGAUACAAAACGACGUUUCAAGCACGAAGGUUCGCCUCUUCCUGAGAAGAGGGCUUUCCGUUCGGUACCUUCUGCCCUCGGCAGUCGUAGAUUACAUAGAGGAGCAUAACCUCUACAAAGACGACAGCAUGAGCUAUUCCAGUCCUACCGGCUCAGAUAAGGACCGAGACAAGGGCAAGGAGACUCAUACCAAAAACGAGUCCUCGUUCCAGCGGGCCCACAUUCAAUCAUCGUGCUAA